UACUACCAGUGUCUACCUGGGGCCGCCACCUCGAGCGUUCUGUCAAGCUCCAGCAGCACUAUCGCCAGUCAAUCCAGCAGUAGUUCGAGCGGCGGUGGAGCAAGUUCUAGCAGCACAAGCUCAGCUCCGCCGUCCCAGACAUCCGUAGCGAACGUCUCCCCGGAAUGGGCCACCGCCUACCAAAAGGCUCAAGCGGCCGUUACUAAGCUCUCAGUGACAGACAUGGUCAACCUCGGUACAGGCGUCCAAUGGCAGAAAGGUCCUUGCGUUGGCAACACUCCUGCUAUCUCGUCUAUACCUGGUUUCAACGGUCUCUGCCUCCAAGACAGCCCUGUGGGGGUUCGUUAUGCUGACGGCGUCUCCGUUUUCCCUCCGGAAAUCAACGUUGCUGCCACGUGGAACCGCACGCUCAUGCAGCAACGCGGAGCAGCCAUGGGCGCAGAGUUCAAGGGGAAAGGAGUAAACGUCGGCCUUGGCCCCAUGAUGAACCUCAUGCGUGUACCCGCUGCUGGUCGCAACUGGGAAGGGGGAGGCGGUGAUCCUUACCUCUCCGGCGAAGUCGCAUUUGAGACUAUUACUGGCAUUCAGUCAUCCGGUGUGCAAGCUUGUGCGAAACAUUUUAUCGACAACGAACAAGAGCAUUUCCGGGAUUCGAGCUCGUCCAAUGUUGAUGACAGGACGGAACACGAACUUUACGGACAUCCGUUCCUCCGCAGCGUCCAAGCGAACGUAGCAGCUGUGAUGUGCAGCUACAUCAACGGUUCUUUUGCCUGCGAAAACGAGCAGACUUUGAGCGGACUGCUCAAGGGAGAGUACGGCUUCCAAGGCUCGUAUUGUUGUAUGGAAACUACAAAAUUAUGGCCAACCGGACUAUCAGACUGGUGGGCUACGCACUCUGGUGCGCCUGCUGUCAACGCAGGACUCGAUAUGACGAUGCCAGGAGACGAGUCUGAAAAUUCCGGGACAACAUACUUUGGACAGAACCUUGUCAAUGCUGUAAACAGCGGCGAGGUCUCGCAAGCUAGGAUCCAGGACUUGGCGACUCGUGUCCUCGCAGCAUGGUAUCUUUUGGGCCAAGAUCAGAACUACCCCGCAGUCAACUUCAACUCGUGGAAUUCCGGCGAGGGCCAGCACGUCAAUGUCUCUGGCGACCACGCGAGCCUCAUCCGGACUAUUGGAGCCGCGUCCCAGAUCCUCCUGAAGAACACGAACGGGGCUCUCCCCUUGAACAAGCCCAAGUCUAUCGGCAUCAUUGGCAACGACGCAGGAUCCAACCCCAGUGGUCCCAAUGCCUGUACCGACCGCUCAUGUGACGUCGGAAUCCUUGCUCUCGGCUGGGGCAGCGGGACGGCGAAUUUCCCAUACCUGGUCGCCCCUGUUGACGCGAUCACUGCUCGUGCAGCGCAAGACGGGACUGCUGUGUCGUCGUCUCUGAGCGACACAGACCUG